AUGGAUAGGAUCAAUGGUCUAUCAGAUGAGAUAAUCUGCCACAUUCUAUCUUUCCUUCCGACAAAAGAGUCUGCUUUAACAUCUGUCCUGUCAAAACGAUGGCGUAAUCUGUUUGCCUUGACACCGAAUCUUCAUUUAGUUGAUGAUGAUCUAGAAGUGGGUGGUUGUGGACAAACCCUCAUCGAUUUUGUGGAUAGAGUAUUGGCUGUGUCAAGCAAUUUGCCCAUUAGGGAGUUUUCAAUAAAAUGUUGA